AUGGGCCGCACGAACCGUGGCGUCCAGGCCGCCUCCGACGAGACCCUCACCCCGCCCGACGUCCUCGCCGCCAACCAGACCCUCGUCCGCGUCGUCAAGCCCGAGGGCAACAACCUCUUCCUGUGCGCGCUGCCCGGCCAAGAGACUCUUGUCCUAGAACUCGCACAAAAGUUCCGCAACACCAUCUGGAUCAAGCGCGGCGGCUUCGCCCUGGCGGAGCGCUACGAAGACGGCGCCACGGACACGCGCGCGCAGGGCGAGAUUAUCAACAUUGUGCGGGGCGAAAAGGAGUGGCGCAAGAUGCCGUACUGGCCAAAGGAGUUUGCCAAGGCCGCCUACGACCAGGACGACUCGGACGAAGAAUCGACCGUGGGCAAGAUGCCGCCCAGCGACUCGGACGACGAAUAG